AUGCACGCAGGGCGCUGGCGUCGAUCCGGUCGACACGUAUGCCAUUGCACGAAACGGAGCGCUUCUUCCUCUCGCGCCAGCGACUGGUGCAGCCAGACGCUGUUGACUGUAUCGGACGCUCUUGCGCACGGUCGUGUCUCGGCGGUCGAGAUCACUGAAGCGUGUGUACAACAGGUGGAACGUACGCGCGGGCUCAAUAUGUUUGUGUGCACGGACUUUGAUCGGGCGUUGGCAGUGGCCAGAGCGUCGGACGAGCGUCGCGCUGCUGGCACGUCCAUUGGACUGUUGGACGGCAUCCCCAUUGGUGUGAAAGACGUGUUUUGUAUGGAAAACGUGCCCACGACUGCUGGCUCGCACAUGCUGAAAGACUUUGUGUCGCCGUACGAGUCAACGGUCACCCAGAGACUGCUGGAUCAAGGGGCCGUGCCUCUUGGCAAGCUGAACAUGGACGAGUUUGCGAUGGGCAGCGGGACGCUCUUUUCCAAGUUUGGUGCGACGAUCAACCCGUGGUCGAAAGAUCUUGGAGAUCAAGCUGUUGUUGCUGGUGGCAGCUCAGGUGGCAGUGCCGCGGCAGUUGCUUCUGGGUGCUGCUUUGCAGCGUUAGGCUCGGAUACGGGAGGUUCCGUGCGCCAGCCUGCUGCGUAUUGUGGUGUUGUCGGGCUGAAGCCGACGUACGGGCGGGUGUCACGCCACGGUAUGAUCGCAUAUGCAAGUUCUCUCGAUACGCCGGGCAUUUUCGCGAGAUCCGUUGGUGAUGCCGCUGUAGUCCUAAAUGCUAUAGCGGGGCCAGACCCCAUGGAUUCGACGUGCUUGACCGAUGCGUUGCCGGAAAAGUGGUGCUCAAGCGUGGUUGAAACAUCGGAAGACUGCAAGGAAGUUGAUUUGACCGGUAUACGAGUCGGUGUUCCGGCAGAAUACUUUGUUCGUGAACUUCCGGAAGAAAUUGUAGACGUGUGGAAUCAAGGCAUUAGAUGGCUCCGUGACGCGGGUGCUCAAGUGGUUAGUCUUUCACUACCAACGACGAAGCUCUGUAUUCCAGCGUACUACAUUCUCGCGUGUGCCGAAGCAUCGUCGAACUUGUCUCGCUAUGACGGUGUUCGCUACGGUUAUAGGGCAGCAAAUGUUGCGUUGGAGUCACAGGAGGACCAGUCCGACGCUCUCCAUGACCUGUACUGCAGAACACGAUCGGAGGCUUUUGGAGACGAAGUACAGCGUCGGAUCCUCUCAGGUACGUUUGUGCUCUCAGCGGGUGCUGUGAGCGACUACUAUGAACGAGGCACGAUUUUACGCCAGCACAUUCGUCGGGACUUCCAGCGAGCGUUUGGAGACCAAGGCAUUGAUGUUUUGUUGACCCCUUCGACGCCUUCGGGGCCUUUUUCUAUCCAUAACAAACAGGUGAAGGAGGAUCCCGUCAGCAUGUACCUGAACGAUGUCAUGACCGUUCCUGCGAAUUUGGCUGGCGUCCCCUCUAUCUCUCUUCCAGCUGCGCUGACGCAGAGUGGCGACUUGCCGCUCGGGCUUCAGCUCAUGGGUCCUCACAAGAAGGAAGAGCGUCUGCUGCAGGUUGCGAGCGCCCUAGAACAGCGAGCGAAUUUCCGUGAACUCGUUCCUGCACGUGUGUACGCAACCGGUAGAUGA